AUCUUUCACAAAGUGUCUUUCGGGACAGACUCUUUUGCGCUACUUGCUAGUGGAUUGAUUUUGAAGUGCUUAGUUGAAGACUUAGUUGAAGACUCAACAUGAGCAAGAGAAAGAAGAUAACAUUUUCUUCUUCAGAGGAUGAGGAAGACAGUGCCUCAAAGCGGAGAGCAGGCACAGUGGCCGUGCCUAUAUCUCUAUGGAACCGCAUUAUGGCAUACCUUAAACAGGAAGGAAAGGACAACAUGGCCACAGCAAAGGCCCAGAUUGGGAUUACAAAAAUCCAUCAGGAACAAUUGGAUCUUACAUCAAGUAAGAGAACCAGUGAUGACUCCAGAUGUCCUACAGGAACAUGGCCAGAAAAAAAAAAUGACCAGAGAAAGAGAGACUGGGUACAUAUGGACUCUACAUCACUGAAGGAAGAUGGCCCUGGCCCCAUCAAGAAAGCCAAGGUGAGCAGUCUUAUUGAAAAAGAACUUCAUGAUGAGAAUAUUACAAAAACACCAAAGGCGGAGCAGCCCAGGAAAUCUCUGCUCCCGCUAACAGUGGACAAGUUCACCUUCCACCAUUCCCUAGGACAAGGAUACUUUGGUAAGGUGAUGUUUGCAACAGACUGUGUACGGGGGGAACAGGUUGCCAUCAAAUCCGUGGAGAAGAGAGCCCUGCUACAUAUGUCUAAUGGUUUGGUGGAGAGGAAAGUGCUAGAGCUGGCUCGGGAGAACAUCUUCUUGGUGCACGGGUAUGGAGCCUUCCAUACACAGAAUUACAUCUAUUAUGUGAUGGAACUGGUAGGUGGUGGGACUCUCCAUGAAUAUCUGACUAAAGUGCCAUCUCCAACUUUAGGGAUUGUAAAGUUUAUCGGUGCUGAACUUGUUUGUGGACUGCAGUUCAUUCAUUCUAAAGACGUCAUACACCGAGACCUGAAGACAGAGAAUAUCUUACUGACCAGCAGGGGGCACAUCAAGAUUGCAGAUUUUGGGCUUGCCCUGGACAAUGUGUUUGGAAAAACACCAGGCAGAGAUAUUAUGUCAACCCCUGGUUUGGCUGCACCCGAAAUGAUAUUGGGUCAACCAUAUGGCUGUGGUGUGGACUGGUUUGCCUUUGGGGCAAUAAUGCACCUGAUGUUAACAGGAAAAACCCCUUUCUGUGGAAAAAGUCGUGCACAAGUGGAAAGAAACGUCUUAGAACGUCCUAUAAAAUCCAUCUGGUUUGGACCUUUCACUGGAGACUUCUUAGCACGGCUCUUAUGUAAAGACCAGUCACAGAGAUUAGGGGAACAUGGAGACAUCCGCAAUCAUCCCUUUUUCUUCUCUAUAAAUUGGGAGAAGUUGGAAGCUGGCAAAGUGGAAUCUCCAGUCAUCGCCAAUCAAGGUUCCUUGGAGUCAUACACAAUGCAGAGGAUCCAGGUGCCUCACGCUGAGAUAUGGAAAGAGCCCAUCCCGGAGAUGUUCCAGCAAGUCUUCAAUAGUGUGCCAUUCGUGUGUUCUGCAUGGGCAGAACAUUACCACAAUGCCCCUAUGCAUCCAGACGCUGUACCAAAAUUUGACCUUGAAGAAAUCUGUGACAUCCUAGACCUGGGCCUUCUGAGUGCGACAACUUCAGUCUUGGAUGAGAGCGGUCAUAACAACUCAGACACCUGAUAUUUCAAAGAGGACAAAGCAACAUCUCAGCACUACCCACCAUUCCAUCAUGUAGGCAUCGGCCACAAGUCAUCACAUGGGACCGCACACUGCUGAAUCUGCAACCUCCUAUUGUGUAUAUAAUACAAAUCUGUAAAAAAAAAAAAAACAAAGUGUCAUUCUCU